UAAAGCACCAGACUUGACACGCUGUCAUUAUAACUAUAAAAAUCUUCGAUCAUCCGGCAAUUAAGCUAAAAACAAUUUAAGAAAUGAAUAAAUUGAUUAUAUGUAUACUGUUAUCAAUUCUGUCAUUUAAUAUUGUUCUGUGUGAUGAUUCAUGGGAGACAGUAUUCAGUGUCGGAGACGUUGAAGAUUUCGAUGAACCAGUGAAUUGGUUAAACGAAGAUCGUAUACCAUGGGUACUGCCAAUUUUUCAAAUAAUAAAUUCGAGUAUACCAUCUAGGCGUUACAACCGCACAUUCAAAUGCGUAGGAGUUUUGGUCAAUCACAAUGCAGUUCUCACUUCGAAGCUUUGUAUAAAAGAUAAUGAAACAUAUGUACUCGCAAACAAUAUUACAAUCGGAGGUACACCCGUAAAAGAAUACCCUUAUGUCCUUCAUCACAAGCUGUAUCCUGCUGUCCAUAUGACGUCCUAUGACAUAGCAACUAUUACAAAAAAUAACAACACUAGUUCGGAUGAAAAAAUAACAAUUCCUGGUUUGGUUAUUUUAUAUUUUGAUAUUCCGAUAAGAAGUAUUCCAUCUAUAUCAGUAAGACACUCACCAAAUACAACAGAAAUAUAUUCAAAUAAAAUUGACAAAAGCUGCAUGCGAAUUUCUGUGAUAAGAAGUCCUAAUAAAAAUAUAUCUACUGAAAUAUUUCCAGAAAAAAUUUCUUCUUAUAGUGAAUUUGUCGAUGCAUAUUCUAAAUUUGAAAAUAAUUUAAUUGACACAAGUAUUUCAGGCAUAACUUUUAAUGAUUCCGUAAGUGUCAUUGCUACUUUGGAUAAUGAAUCAUCGAACUCAGAGACACUCUUAGGAAGUGCUCUUCUUUGUUCCGUCGAGGAUGAUAUUCCUGUCUUAACUGGAGUAUUAAUAAAAACAUCUGAUGGAUUAAAUAUGUACGCAGCCGUCGGAAAUGUAAGACAGUGGAUAAAAUCUACAGUAUAUGAAUUGAAUAGACCAUAUAGAUAUUUAUCUGCUGAAGUGUUUGAUAUCAGAGAAACAAGAUAUCUAGCUGAUUUACAGUAAUUCUUUCUUUACACGCUGAAAAAAAAAUGCUAACUAUCAUCAUUUUGUAAUAGGGAAUAAUUACCAUCUAUAUGUCAUAAUGAUUAUCAUGCUUUUAUAUUAACUAUUCGUUUCUCGUAUACACUGAGAAAAAAAAUACUUUUAUUGAGAAUAUUUACUUGAUACAAGAACAUAUAUUCUUGAUAAUUUUCAGGUAUAUAUAAUUUUGUCUCAAGAAUUCGUAGAACCCGGGUCAAAAAUAAAACCUGAUUCAGGCUCGCUUCGCCUUAUUUUCUUUUGAAGUUAUCGAUUUGCCGACGAUUUUCCGAUAAGAUCUCGACUUUUUCGACUUAAAUUUAAUUUUUUUCAACUUUUUGAACUUUUUUCAUCUUAGUUUCAACUUAUUCGUCUUUACUUUGAGCACGAUAGUCAUUCACAUUACUUUUGACUUGCUAAACCAAGUCGAAAAAAAGUCAUUUAUUCGUCUUACUUUCGCCUUAAUAUAUAAAAAUUAUUUCACUUUAGUUCUGACUUUUUCGACUUAUAAUUCAAGUCGAAUAAGUCUACAUCAAAUCAGUUUCGACUUGAUUUAGACUUUUUCGUCUUAAAUCGUGACUAAGUAAGCCAAUUAAGUCUAAACCAAUGCGAAAACUUAAUAUAUUUCAUACCUUCGUAAAAAAGUCGAGUUUAUCUUGUGAAAAACGGCUCCAAAUUUCGACUUGGUAAACCAAGUCUAAAUCAAGUUUUGUUUUUGACCCGGGAAUUGAUGAAAAUAAUUUUUAUUUAAUUCAAGUAAAGCUAUCCUUUUGUUUACUCAUAAUAUAAUAUCAAAUUCAUAUAUUUACAAAAUUAAAUUUGAUGCUCUUUUCUCAAGAAAUUGAUAAUUAACAAUAAUAAAAUAAAUAUUUUGAACGGAUUUCUUGAACCAAAAAAUUCUUGUUUGGACAAUAUUAUUUUAUUUUCUCAGUGUAGUAAUAAUUACUAUUGCCGAUAGUAAUAAUUACCAUCUAGAUAAAAAUGCUUACCAUCUUCGAUAGGAAAAGUUAACAUAAAAAAAUGAGAAUCCUUAAAAUGUAAGAAUGGGAAUAAUCACUUUAGCGUAUACUUUCACGCUGUUAUUAUGUAAAAAUAAUCGAUUAAUAAAUACUAUAAUUCACUUGUUCCA